GUUGCCCAAGCAAGUGGGCAGUUUGUCCUAGUUGGAGCUUGUUCUUCUUGUGCCGCUGCUAAUACUACACCGCCGCUGACGACAAGGCACAGUAGCCCCACCAGUUGCGAGUCUCGCGAUACAUGCAGCCAUUGGUCUGUUGUCGGCCCGGUGAGAUCUUGUCACUAGCCCAUGCCUGAUAUUGCGGCACCAACAAACGCACUGCUCUGUGGUUGGUCUUUCCCCGUUGCGGGCACGACAGAUAGUCUAAUGACAUGCGAUGGACAUCACCAUGCGUGGAGAAGACUUCUCCAAGAGCGCCCUCGCCCCGGGAGGGAUGGCUGCCCUCUUUCGGCCAAAUGUUCGCUUGGAGAUCCCCUCGAUAUUUAACUUGGUUGAUCCGGCCGUUGUCUUCACCUUCUCCCUCUGGCUCACGCUGAGGCUGUCACUCCCUCACAAGUUGACCAAGUACGUGGACAUGGCAGCGAUGGCUUCUCUUUUGUUGACUUGGUUUCUGCUGGGGAUGGGCCCGGUCGGGUUGGCCCAAACUCCCUCGUCCGCAUCUAACCAGACGGAGACGACAACGAGCUAUCGAGAGGUCUUCACCGUCCCUUUUGAUACCGAUGUGGGGCAAAACCUUCUACCAAACAUCGAGGACCCGGAGGCUGUCGAUGCGCAAAGUGUCUGUCCCGGAUACACAGCGUCAAACGUGCAAAACACAACAAAUGGUUUUACGGCAGACCUAGACUUGGGCGGUGACGCUUGCAACGUCUACGGCAACGAGAUUGAGCAGCUUACUCUCACCGUCGAGUACCAAGCGUCGGACCGUCUGCACGUUGGGAUCCAGCCUCGAUAUAUUGGCGCUGAGAAUGAAACCUGGUUCCUCCUGCCCGAAGCCAUUGUCCCCAAGCCUGCGUCAUCCGAUGAUGGAGAUACGACCUCUGACAGCAGCGACUUUGAGUUUACAUGGACGAACGACCCUACUUUCUCGCUUACAGUGAAGAGGAAGUCUAGUGGGGAUACUCUAUUCACCACCGAGGGAAGCAAAAUUGUGUACGAGGACCAAUUUAUUGAGUUCAUCUCGCCUCUUCCUGAGAACUACAAUCUUUACGGUCUUGGCGAAGUCAUGCACGGCUUCAGGCUGGGGAAUAAUCUUACCAGGACUUUCUACGCAGCGGACGUGGGAAACCCGAUAGAUGAGAACAUCUACGGAGUGCACCCGGUCUACCUAGACACUAGGUACUUCCAGGACGUGGACGGACAAGAAACCUACGUGGCGAACGCAAAUGACACGUCAGCAACGUAUAAGACGUUAUCGCAUGGUGUCUUCCAGCGCAAUGCUCAUCCACAAGAGGUCCUGCUGCGGCCCGAGGGCAUCACCUGGAGAGCCCUGGGAGGCACAAUCGACCUCUACUUCUACUCCGGGCCGUCGGCUUCAGACGUGGUCAAGUCAUAUCAGGUCAGCACCGUGGGCCUCCCAGCCCAGCAGCAGUAUUGGACCUUCGGGUUCCACCAGUGCAGGUGGGGCUAUGAGAAUUGGACCAGGCUGCAGGAGGUCGUCGACAACUUUGCCGCAGCUGACAUCCCGCUUGAGACGAUCUGGACCGACAUUGAUUACAUGAACCAGUACCGAGACUUUGAGAACGACCAGAAAAGGUUCAGCUACGACGAGGGCGCUCAAUUCCUCGAGAAGCUACAUGCUAACGGGCAGCACUACAUCCCCAUCGUCGACUCUGCCAUUUAUCACCCAAACCCAGACAAUGCGAGUGAUGCCUACCCUACAUUCGACCGCGGGAUCGAAGCUGGUGCUUUCAUGCUGAACCCUGAUGGGUCACUAUAUAUUGGCACUGUUUGGCCUGGGUAUACUGUUUUUCCUGACUGGGUUGGCGACUCUUUGGGCGCGACCAAUGGCUCAGGUGCCUUUUCCUGGUGGAGCAACGAGAUCUCAACUUGGUACCAGGAUGUCGCCUUCGACGGGAUCUGGAUCGACAUGAGUGAAGUCUCAUCUUUCUGCGUUGGGAGCUGCGGCAGCGCCAACAUAUCCCUCAACCCUGUCCACCCACCUUUCUUGCUUCCGGGUGAGCCGGGCAAUGGAGUAUUCAGCUACCCUGAAGGCUUCAACCUCACCAAUGCCACCGAGGCUGCGGCCGCAUCAUCUGCGAGUGCGGCUCAGGCCUCUGCCUCCUCGGCGACGGCGACGAGCUCCUCGUCUACAACGACCUCAUACCUUCGCACAACUCCUACCCCAGGCAUGCGGAACGUCAACUACCCACCCUAUGUCAUCAAUCAUGUGAACGGGGAUCUCGCAGUACACGCAGUCUCACCUAACGCAACCCACCACGGUGGCACGCAGGAGUAUGACUUCCACAGCCUGUUCGGCCACCAGAUCCUCAACGCCACGUACCACGGAAUCCUCAACACCCUGCCCGGCAAACGGCCCUUCAUCAUCGGCCGGGCGACAUUCGCCGGCUCGGGAAAGUGGGCCGGGCACUGGGGCGGCGACAACUACAGCGUGUGGUCGUCGAUGGUGCUGGCCAUCUCGCAGGCGCUGUCCUUCAGCAUCUUCGGCGUCCCCAUGUUCGGGCCGGACGUGUGCGGCUUCUCGGGCAACUCGGACCUCGAGCUCUGCAACAGGUGGAUGCAGGUCGGCGCCUUCUUCCCCUUCUACCGCAACCACAACGUCCUCGGCGCCAUAUCCCAGGAGCCCUACGCGUGGGACAGCGUCGCCGAGGCGAGCCGCUCGGCCAUGGCCAUCCGGUACGCCCUCCUUCCGUACAUGUACACGCUCUUUGCGGAGGCGCACUCGGCCGGCAGCACCGUCAUGCGCGCGCUGGCGUGGGAGUUCCCCGAGGAGCCGUGGCUGGCGAACGCGGACCAUCAGUUCCUCCUCGGCGGUUCCGUCCUGGUCACUCCGGUCCUGACACAGGGGGCUGAGACCGUCGAUGGGGUGUUCCCUGGCUCGGGCGAUGGUACCACUGUGUGGUAUGACUGGUACAACCAGACUGCCAUCACCGGCGUGUCCAGGGCCCAGAACGUAACCAUUGACGCGCCACUGGGACAUAUUCCGGUGUACAUCCGUGGCGGGAGUGUCAUCCCUACUCAACAGCCCGGGAAGACCACAGCAGAGAGCCGGCAGAACCCAUGGGGUCUCAUUGUCGCACUUGACCUGCAAGGCAAUGCCGAGGGGACGCUGUAUCUGGACGAUGGCGAGAGCUUGGAACCCGACGCCACCACCUGGGUGAAGCUUUCUGCUUCAAACACUUCCGUGACUGCAGAGCCUACGGGCGACUACACGGACUCAGUCGCUCUCGGCAAUGUCACAGUCCUGGGCGUGACGGGCCAGGUGUCCGACGUGACGCUCAACGGACAGCCAUUGACGAGUGGGUGGUCUUGGGAUGGCACAGCCAACAUUCUCAGUAUUUCGGGCCUCAGCAAUCUGACUUCUGAUGGAGCGUUCAACUCAGACUGGAAACUACAGUGGAGUGUGUCUGGCACCGGCUCCGGCUCGUCCAACGGCAGCUCUGGCUCGUCCGGGGACACAGGUGCGGGUGGGCAGUCAGAGGUCUCUGCAGCCUCUGGCUAUAUCCUUGUUCCUGCAGCAACUCUGAUAGCCAUGCUUGUGGGUGUUUUGAUAAUGUUGUGAGCAGGGGCCUGUGCCACUUUUGCGUCGCCGAAAGUGCUCGGCUCAUUGCACGAGUUCUCCAAUCGAUUUGGAAAGUCACUCUGCUUUUUGUGUUGAAGAUAAGUAGUACUUGCGAACCUGGAACACCGAAAACUCCCGACCGGAGACCUCAAGCUGCCACCGGGCUCGAACACACGAAGGACGACUUAAUUCGAUACUCAUCCUUAGAUUUUGAGAUCCCUUAUUGCUGCCCAGCACCUGUCGGGUAUUACAUAUUUAUUGGAAGAUCCACGGCGGUACGACCCAAGACGUUAUUAGUAGUCGAGACCUUAGCCUUCGCUUUCGCGGAGGACGCUCGCACGACUAUUAACAUCAGGACCAUCUGUUUUGGUCAUCUCCCGUGCCAAGAGAAGUCAAUAGUUAGGUAUCGUACGCAUCAAAUAGUAGCCCCUAUGUGUGAUAAUCAUGAGUUUGUAAGCGCGUGUAGGUAUUCAUAUGAGAGCUUCUCAGGGCCAGAUAUUCAGACUCAACGCGAAGCAAUUGCAUAGAGCGUCACUCAAUCGCACGACGUUGUCAUGUCUGGCCACUUAAAAGUGCUGCGAGUGGAACCAUGCUUCUCAGGUCUCGGGCGGAAGAGAAAUCAGGUCACUAACUGUGACGCCGGAUCCAAAUGGGGGAUGCAGUGCAG